AUGGAGUCAUUCAAACAACGCUUGGUUGCCAUCAGGAACGAAGAGAAUGAAUUGAGGGACAAGCUGACUGAAGUUGAGGAAGAAAUACGUUCGCUAAAGCAAAGCAACGACCAGGUAAAUGGAAGUGGCCCUAGACUUUCCAAUAUCUUGUUGCAGUUGAAUGGUGUUAUCCAUGGACUACAGUCUAACGAAAAGUUGUUGGUCUUAAAACUAGAGUCAGGAACUGCCCGCUUGAGGGAUAUGGAAACGAAAAUCGCUGCACACAGGCUGCGACACUCUACAUCAGAGCAAGGGGUCAAAGUAUUGAAUGCGGCCGAAAUGAAUCCUGAAUCUAAGGAAGAGGAUAUUGAAUCGGAACUCAAUCAGAAACGCGAGGAAAUACGGUUGCUCGGGUCACAAUACGACGAGGUUGUCAUUCACCAACAACACCUACAAACCGACGUGGUGAAAAAAGAACAAAAGGCAAAAACACUAGAAAAGUGUGUUUUUUAUUUGUUCAUCAUGAACCUCGCGUUUAGAGCCGUCAAUGAAUUGGAGACGCAAUAUUCGGGCCUCAUGAAAGCAUGCGACAAGGCACAAGUCAUUGAGCCGCACGAAGAAGCGAUUGACGAUCUGGAAACACGACUUCGGGACCUGCAGCGUCAAUUGGAGACGGCAACCGACGCGUAUGAGACAUCGGAAAGAGAGAUUACUCGUCUGGAUAGGUUAAUAUCGAAAAACAAAGCCGAUCUCCAAAAACAGCAAUCAGCCAAUGAAUCCCUGAAGAAGGAAUUGGACGGGAUAUUCGCCGAACUUGGCUCUGCCGACUAG